AGAUUUUGUCACUAGCUGAUUCAUCAAAUUUAAUCGCUGCAUGUUGCUCCCACACCCAUAACGCAAUAAAGUCUCUCUCUUUUCCUCACCGGCCGGCCAUUUUCCUCUCUUCUUGACUUUUCCCCCGUCAUGAAUGUCUUACCGGCUCAACGGUUGAGAUUUUGUCACUAGCUAGCUGAUUCAUCAAAUUUAAUCGCUGCAUGUUGCUCCCACACCCAUAACGCAAUAAAGUCUCUCUCUUUUCCUCGCCGGCCGGCCAUUUUCCUCUCUCUCUCUCUCUCUCUCUCUCUCUCUAUGUAACAAUAUGUUGUUCAGAAAGCAGGCAACUCCAUGGCCAGGGAGAGACAAACAAUCCAAAAACAAAGAAGCCCCAUGCUUCUUCAUCUUCAACGUCACUCCCAUCAGGUUGAAUUGCAAUUUUGUCUUCCUUUUUGUCUUUCUCUUUGCUUGGUUGCUUCUGCUCCUCUGUUGGUUCCCACCCGCAAGCCAUGUCACUGACACAAAAUCAUUAGCCGCAAUUCCCACGUGCGACGGAAGCGUGGCGGCCUUCUACGUGUAUUCAUUGCCGGCCGAGUUCAACGUGGGCCUUGUCGAGGAUUGCCACCAUCUCAACGUGUACACCGACAUGUGCCCCCACGUGGCCAACCGCGGUCUCGGCCAGCCUCGUCCAAACAUGGGCUCCGCCGCCUCUUGGUUCGUCACCCACCAGUUCAUAGCUGAGAUGAUCUUCCACGCGCGUGUCGAGAACCACCCGUGUCGUACGCGCGAUCCCACCCGCGCAGACUUGUUCUACGUCCCCUUUUACGGCGGCCUCCACGCUUCCAGCAAGUUCCGCGAGUCCAAUCUAGAAGCGCGCGACGCCUUGGCCGUCCGAUUAGCGGACUAUCUCCAAGGUCAGCCCUGGUGGCAAAAGCGCCACGGAAAGGACCACUUCUUGGCACUGGGGAGGACCGCAUGGGAUUUCAUGAGGACCGACAGUGGGCCCGACUUCGGAGCAAACAGCCUCCUCAACCUACCAGCUGUGCGUAACAUGUCGGUGCUGACUGUGGAGAGAAAUCCUUGGAAGGGCUCAAGCCAACACGGCAUUCCCUACCCGUCCUAUUUCCACCCGUCCACGCGGGACGAGAUGACGACGUGGCAGAACAAGAUGAGGCACUCCGAGCGGCCCCACCUGUGGUCUUUCAUCGGUGGCCCGCGGAAGGGUCUGGAAAAGGCGGCCAUCAGGGAAAAAAUUAUGGCUCAAUGCGCCGAGUCGAGUCGGUGCAAGCUAGUGAAAUGCGGUAGUGGCGCCAGCGAGUGCCAUGAGCCGAGCCGGGUGCUGAGCGUCAUGAAACGGUCGCAGUUCUGUCUGCAGGCUCCCGGCGACUCCUUCACGCGGCGGUCGACGUUCGACGCGGUGCUCGCCGGAUGUAUACCGGUGUUCUUUUCGCGGCACACGUCUUAUACACAGUAUGCGUGGUUCUUGCCGGAAGAUCCGAGCACGUACUCGGUGUACAUAGACGAGAAGGGGAGCGGAAGCGAGAGGAUAGAGGAGGAGUUGCUGAAGAUUCCGAGAGAGAAAGCGCGGAGAAUGCGGGAGAGGGUUGUAGAUGCGAUCCCAAGACUCACGUAUGCGCACCCGAACGCGAGCGACGUCGGGUUCAAAGAUGCGGUCGAUGUUGCACUGGCUGCGUUGUCCAAGCAAGUGUUGGCAAUAAAUGCACGUAAAUGAACAUUUUGUUCAUCUAAAGUAGUAUUGUUACCCCACCGGAAGGAAACAAACAAGAUUCCAAGGAUGUGUGUAUUCAUUUGUAAAUUUAUUGUAUUGAUUGAUACAAUUAAUCUUUAAAAUGUUACUUGUCUUCUCCUAA